ACGCAAAUUUCACGUAUAUCCUAAAGGUCGCGCGCUCAAAGACACUACAAACUUUUUAAACCAGUCACACAACGCGUCGAGUUCGUAAAAUAAUAUAAAUAUAGAGGAUAACGCGAAAACGAGACUUCAACGGAUAAAUCAAUGAUCACAUCUAAAGCACACUCCGUUUAAGGUGGUGACAACUUAACAAAGUUUUGAAAGCGUAAAAAAAUCUCCCAGCACCUGUUGAAGAUGACAUGUGCAAAUGUGAUGUCGAGGUUGGGCACACCGGUGUCAAUGAUGUCCCUUGAUAUGAUGGGCUUCAGGUGCAGGAGCUCUCCAAAUAUAAACCACCACCACCACCACCACCUGAUGGGGCUGUCCUCACCCAAACCUCUGCGGUCCUGCAUUACCCAUAAUCACCACCCAGAGUUUGAAUACAGACACUCUCCUUCACGAACCCUUAUUAAAACAAAAACCCACCGACGAGAGAAACGAGUCGCGUUUGCAGACUCCAAAGGACUUUCCCUCAUCACCGUGCGCUUGUUCUCUGAGAAAGACGAGAAAUUUUCACCUGAACCCGUUGCGCGUUCACGAAUAAAGAAGUUAAACUGCGUUAAUGAAACCGUAAAGACGUCUUUGAGUUUGCGCGUGGGCUUCGAACAGCCCUGUGUGGAUUACCAAGCGUUUAGAUGUCGCCUGCAGGAACGCAUGGUGCUGUUGGAGAACUGUAAGGUCACGAGGCGCUCCAUCAUGGGUACCGUGCGCGUCAGGAAUGUCUGCUUUGAAAAAGCCGUAAACAUACGGAUUACUUUUGACAUGUGGCGCAGUUACCUGGACGUGCCGUGUACCUACCUGAAUCAGUGCUAUGGGGAACCUGGUACCGACGUGUUCGAGUUUAACGUGACGGUUCCUGAGCAGAUGAAGACGGGGGAGAGAAUCGAGUUUUGCGUGUUUUAUUUACCCGGUGGAUUCGGCGAGGCUUCAUGGGAUAAUAAUGAUGGCAACAACUACUGCAUUCAUGUUUGUCAAACUUAAAUAUCGAGACAAGCUGUUGCACAGUGACAUUUUAACCUGCUGCCUGACAUUUUAUGACUUUUUCUGUGCGUAAACCAACUUUGCACAUUUUACCAUCUGACCCGUACAGUGAAAGUUUUUAAAAGUAUUACACGCUUUCAGUUUUUAAUGAAAUGCAUUAAAAAUUUGCCAUUCAUUUGUAAGAUCUGGCAUUUUAACAAUUGUUUACAAAACGUUGCAUACUGAGAAUGUUAUUUAAUAUUUUAUUUUUUGAUAUUAUCAAAUAAAUGCCGUUAUCAUGUC